GAAGAUGUUGUGCAUAGAACGCACAGAACACAAUUGACGUAAACACCAAAUAUUCGACCGUCGAAAAAUGAAUGUUAUUUUGAAAAUGUUUCGUAAAAGUUAAUUAUUUUUUGUCGUUGUUUAUUGCCUGAUUUAAUAUACAAUUGAUAAGGUAAAGUGAUUCCAAUAAGCGUCAUACAAGAUACAAGAAUGCCACCGAAAUGUAAAUUUCAAGAAGGAGAAAAAGUUCUGUGCUUUCAUGGACCAUUGAUUUAUGAAGCCAAGUGUUUGAAGUCGUCUAUUACCAAGGAGAAGCAAGUUAAAUAUCUUAUUCAUUAUGCUGGUUGGAAUAAAAACUGGGAUGAAUGGGUUCCUGAGAGUAGAGUACUCAAAUAUAAUGAGGCAAAUGUACAGAAACAAAGAGAAGUCCAGAGAGCGCACUCAAAUCAGCAAUCUGCUCAGAAGAACAAAAAGGGAAAUACAACGACUAAAACACAAGGUCGAAGGAGUGAAGGAGGUCGAGAAAAAGAUACUGAUAGUAGAUCAAGCACUCCUGUCGCUGAUAAGAGUAUGAGCCGUUUUAGUAAGGGUACAAGUAGUUCAGUAAUGCCUUCAUCUUCUCACGAGUCUGUGUCUGAACCACCACGUAAAAAACGCAGUCGGCUAGAGCCAUCUGGCGAGACUGAAGAAUAUCUUACGAAAAUAGAGGUUAAAAUCAAGUUACCUGAAGAAUUGAAGUUUGUGCUAAUAGACGAAUCCGAAAUAAUACUGAAGCAUCACAAAUUACCUGCAUUACCUGUACAAAAUACAGUCGACAAAAUUCUAGAUGAUUACGUAGAGACAAAAUCAUCAGGGAAAUCUAAUGACAUUAGAGAAAGUACGCUGGAAAUAACGAAAGGUAUUCGGGAAUAUUUUAAUAACACAUUGGGCCUUCAACUAUUGUAUAAAUGGGAACGACCGCAGUUUAUACAGAUAAUGAAUGACAAUCCGGAAGCAUUGCCAAGUCAGUUAUACGGAGCGUUCCAUCUCCUUAGACUAUUCGUACGACUCGGCGGUAUGCUCUCCUAUACGCCCUUAGACGAGAAGAGUAUACAAUUGUUGCUGUCGCAUUUUCACGAUUUUCUGCAAUAUUUGCAAAAGAACAACGCUAUACUCUUUAAUCUUCAACAAGAUUACACAGAUCCAUCACCGGAUUAUCAUCGAAAGUAUGGUUAAACUAUCAGUUUAUUCUUUUUCAAAUUUGUAUUUGAACGAAUAUAUUACUUAUAUACAAAAUA